AACUCACGUAGCAGCCAUAGUAAGCGUUGUUUAUGCUUACAUAUUAUAUGCUUUAGUUUAGUAUUUCUACACCAGGCGUUACGUCUACUGCGCUACCAGGAUUCUCUGUAUCUUCACAUAUUCACAGAAAAACAAUUCGCCGCUCAGGUAGAUAGACUAUGCGAUUAUAAUGUCAUCGGAUUCUAAAGGCGAAUCACAGGAGGCGAGGCAUUCGCCUACAGCUAUGAGGAACGAAGGGGUGACACGUAAAAUGGCGACCAACACCAGUCAGGACGUUAAAAGAAGUAGCUGGUUGGGACUUUCAAGGUCGAAGAAAAAAUACAAUUUUCGGAGCGAGCCAACUUAUUCGGAGCCACCCGAUGAAGCCCCGAAGGACAAGAUGUUGGGCGACUCGAGAGACAUACCGACUCUGUUAGAACGUUUAGAUAGAUUUGAGGAAGUCGAUAAUCCAAAUGGACGAGAGGUGAUUUCCUUACAGAAGACUCUUAUAUCCAAGCUACUCACAGAAAACAAGCAGUUAAAGUCCAAGAAAUCUUACGCAGAAGUUCUUGAAAAAGAAAACUUAGAACUGAAGAAAGAAAUAAAAGAAUUAAAAGACAAUAGAAACUUAGUAGAACUUCUUAAAAAGGACAACCCUAAACAAAACGGCGUCAAUGUUGAUGAAUCUACAAGUACUGUGGUUGAUUCCCUUUCUAAAGAAAUAAGGAACUUAAAAGCAGAGAAUUCGAGAUUGAAAAUCAUAAAUGAUCAAAUAAAAUAUGCCAAGGAGCAGUUGCAGAUAGCACUGGACCACCAAAUCCGACAGAUGAAAGAAAAUGCUUCACAGAGCAAUGGCGCACAUAAUGGACUUUCUCAAAUGAAUGGUCAUCAUAAUACUUCACUGUCAAACAAAGGGAAUCAUUCUAGAGCAUCAUCUUAUUCAUCACCGGCAGUUAGUACAUGUAAUGACGAAAUUGAAGUUCUGGAUGACGAUGAAGAUGAUAGGGAUUCUGGCUAUCCUGCAUCUGAAGGACAGUUCCCAUCACCAGGAAUGUACGCUAGUGGUAGCAGAGGGCGGGCUUCUUCACUCCAAACUGUUGCAUGCAUUUACAAAGCAUGUGGCGUGUUUCACCAUUGCGACGAAAUACUUAUAGAACGGCUAAGGUUUAAUCUACGAUCGAGACAUAUUGAUCUGAACUUAGAUGACUGGACAAAGACUUCGACAAUUGGACGGCUGUGUCUCGUAUUCUGUCUCAAUGCUUCAAGGGUUGGCUCCGAUGUCGAGAAUGCACUUCAGGGGAUUAGUAAAGAAGCAGAGGUGGUGCUUAUAGUGAUGCACCACGUCCCUUACAAACCCAAUAGGGUGGAUCCACAAAGCGAAGACAUUAUCGGCAAGAGAGAAAACAUCUGUCUUGUUGUCGAUAUGUUAUUUUUCGAGAAAGAUGGACUUUAUGAUUGUGAACAGAAUGACAAAGCUUUGGCAAGAAUUAUCCGACUUUUUGAAAUGUUGUGUUAAGUUGAGUUUCAGUAGGAAUCUGUCCUCCGGCACGGUGCAGAAAUAUAAUAAGUAUGUUUCGCAUCGGAUAUACAGCUAACGUACUAAAACGCUAACUACACUUGCCUGCUACAUGCUGGUACACUGAUGUAUCGUGUCUUCUGUAUAGGGUAGAGAUAUCAUAUACGCAGUGUUCCACUAAAGGUUUACGAACCAAAGUGUUAGUACAUACGGGUACUAACGACAA